AUGCAGCGGGCCCCGAGCUCCCGCUGUGCCGGCCCGCACGCCGACAGGGACGCCACACCGCCACCGCCGAACGCAAGCGCAGGCCUCGAGGAUCAGGCCUGCGAGGCCGGCCUCGACCCCAGCGUCUGGGGGGCGCUCACAGAGGGCUCCCUGGUCUGGGCCAAGCUGGGCGCGUCCAAGUGGUGGCCAGGGAUGCUCGUCAAAGGCGAGCGGGGUGGUAUGCUGGCCUCCAGGGACCGGCCCUGGGUCUACUGGUUUGGCGAUCACCGAAUCUCAGAGACUUUCGACGAUGAGGCCAGAGCUCGAUAGCCUGCCGUGGUUAUGCUUCGGACCGAUCAGUCAUGCUUAGAAAGAUGUCCGCCC